UAUUGCGAACGAAGAAAAUGUCACGAAGAAGACUGCUGCUGGGAUGUACUGCAGGUGUGACUGGAGCAGUGCUAGCGACCUGGGCACUGGCUGCAGAUGACUCUCCAGCUCACUGGUACAAACCAGCGACGGUGUCGGCUAAGACGGAACGAAAGAAGCGCGUCCUGCCCUCACGGAAUGACCAGAUCAACAAUCUCCAGGCUGGCCACACUUACGACGUGCUGAUCAUCGGCGGAGGAGCCACAGGAGCCGGCUGCGCACUCGAUGCUACAACACGAGGUUUGCGCACGGCUCUGGUGGAGGCCGACGACUUCGCUAGCGGCACAUCUAGCAGAAGUACCAAGCUGAUCCACGGAGGUGUGCGAUACCUCCAGAAAGCUAUUCUGCAGCUGGACUACGAGCAGUAUAAGAUGGUGAAGGAGGCUCUCCACGAACGCGCCAACAUGCUGGAGGUUGCUCCUCAUCUCACACGACCUUUGCCAAUCCUGCUGCCAGUCUAUAAGUGGUGGCAAGUCCCCUAUUACUGGUUCGGUAUCAAGAUGUACGAUCUGGUGGCGGGAGACAGGAAUCUCAAGAGUUCCUACUAUCUCUCCAAGAAGAACACUCUAGAACUUUUCCCCAUGCUAAAGUCGGACAAUUUGUGCGGUGGGAUUGUCUACUACGACGGUCAACAAGACGACGCCCGUAUGAACCUGGCCAUAGCACUGACAGCCGCCCGGCACGGAGCUACCAUCGCCAACCACGUGUCUGUCAUCAAGCUACAUAAGACGGCCGGCAAGCUGAGCGGAGCCAGAGUCAAGGAUGAGUUGACUGGCAAAGAAUGGGACGUAAAGGCGAAGUGCAUUGUUAAUGCAACUGGACCGUUUACGGACACCAUCCGUCAAAUGGAUGACCAGAGCGUGAAGCAGAUCUGCUGUCCAUCAUCAGGUGUGCAUAUCGUGCUACCGGGAUACUACAGUCCCGAACACAUGGGUCUUCUAGAUCCUUCCACAUCCGAUGGCAGAGUGAUCUUCUUCCUUCCAUGGUUGAAGGGAACCAUUGCCGGCACCACCGACCUCCCGUGCGACAUUACCCACAGCCCGAAACCCACCGAAGACGAGAUCCAGUUCAUCCUCACCGAAGUCAGGAACUAUCUCAACCCUGAUGUUGAAGUUCGGCGUGGUGACGUGCUCUCCGCUUGGUCUGGCAUCCGGCCCCUGGUGUCAGAUCCCAACAAGCCGGACACCCAGUCGCUGGCUCGCAACCACAUCGUGCACGUGUCACCCUCCGGACUGGUGACCAUCGCGGGAGGCAAGUGGACCACCUACCGCUCCAUGGCUGCCGAGACUAUCGACGCUGCCGUUCAAAGUGCUGGCUUAAAACCGCUUUACCAGGAAUGCCAGACGGACGGUUUCCUGAUCGAAGGUGCCCAUGGUUGGACUCCUACUAUGUAUAUUCGCCUGGUGCAAGAUUUCGGCUUGGAAAUGGAGGUGGCCCAGCAUUUGGCGAAGUCAUACGGCGAUCGGGCGUUCGCUGUUGCUAAGAUGGCAUCCAUGACUGGCAAGAGGUGGCCCGUUAUCGGCAAAAAGGUUCACCCCGAGUUCCCAUACAUCGAUGCAGAAAUCAGGUACGGUGUCCGCGAGUACGCAUGCACGGCCAUUGACAUGAUCGCGCGGCGACUCCGUCUCGCCUUCCUCAACGUGCAAGCUGCAGCCGAGGCGCUCCCCGGUAUCGUGGACAUCAUGGCGGAGGAGCUCAAGUGGAACGAGGCCGAGAAGCAGAGGCAAAUGAAAAUGGCCGCUGACUUCCUGGCAAACGAGAUGGGACAAAUGGUGAACAGAGCCAGCCGUGAUAAGAUCCCCAUCAACCUGAACAAAGAUGAAAUUCAGACGUACAUCAAACGUUUCCAGAUUAUCGACAAGGACAGGAAGGGAUAUGUGUCUAUUAACGAUAUUAGGAGAAGUCUUAAGAACUACGGUGAAGAAGUGACCGGCGAACAGUUGCACGAAAUAUUGAAAGAGAUCGACACUAACAUGAAUGGACAAGUCGAACUCGACGAAUACUUGCAGAUGAUGUCAGCCAUUAAAUCUGGCCACGUGUCGUACUCGAGAUUCGCGCGGAUGGCAGAAAUGGAGGAAGAGCAUCAUGAGAAGGAAAUCCUGAAGAAGCAGAUUAGUGUGGAGAGGAGUGGUGGAGGACUUUAAAAUCAUAUAUUGGAAUUAAAAUAUGAUAUGUCGUCUCCAUUGUCUAUGGCCACAGAUAGCGCAACGAAGAGAAGCGAAUAUCUUAAUGGCGCAUCGAAUAAUUAUUUAUUAACCACUUUAUACUUACUGAAUAUCAUUUUAGGCUGUAGUUAGACCCCAUCACUAUAGUCACUUUUACGUCCAGUAUAAUAAUUAUGUUAGUUACCCAAUAUUAUUUAUUAUAUCAGUAAUAAAUAGGAGAAAAUGGUAGAAUCUGUAGCAAGCAUACCUAUUUCAAUCAAAAAGGAACCGGCAUUAUUUAUUAAUAAUAUAAUCUACUUUUAAUAUUGCAAGAUUAAAAAACCAAUGUCUUUUUAUAACGUUGUUACUAAUACAUGAAUUUAUUUCUCGAUACCCCAAUCUAGAAAACUGUUAUGAAUUUCACAUUUGAAUAUUUAAAAAAAACAUAAUACACUAAAUGUUAAUUUUUAUCAAAUAAUUUAUAAUUGUCAGGUAUCGUUUUAGUCCCCUUUAAAAGUAUUUUAUCUGAUAAAAGUAAAUUUAAGAUAUUUUUGCUGGGCUUGUUUUAUUAAAUGAAUUCAUACUUUAUUCAUUUUAUAACAGUUAUCAAAUGAAUACAAAUCAGAGAAACAGAAAUAUUCAACUAUGAAUGACCCCAACUCACUAUUGAAUUUUAUUGUCUUGGAUCGUUCGAAAUUAUUGUUACUUAUAAUGUUACGGAUUAUUGAAGUUGAUAUACCUACUUCUUUUGGCGCGCUAGCGAAAAAUUAUCAGAGUAAAAAUUUACGAUGCGCGCGCAAACUGUCACGCAAAUUAACCCUAACGUUAGCUGGUCAACUAGACCAUUUGUAUCAUACUUCAGCUACCAAACCUCUUGUAACUCAUAUGUCUACUGAACCAUAACCAAUGGACGAGAAUUAAAUAAAUUUCAAUACGUAAUUUAAAAAAAAAAAAAAACUCUCUUAAUUGUAUAAUUUUUUUUAAUGAUAUUAAAUUUUCUCGUUAUUUAACUAAAUUAUGCGGUAUAAUAAUCGUUCAUUAGUUUUAAUAAUACCUUUUUUUAUGAAAUUUGAUUACGCCAAAUAACUUCUUGCGUGCGUAAAUAACACAUUUUUAUUAGUACUAAAUAAUAAUGAUAUUCGCAUUCAAAUAGCACAAUUUUAUUCCUUAACUCACUAGUUUUCUAUGCCCUUUGUAAUUUUUAUGUAUAAAAUACGAAAAACAAAGAGAUUAUAUAUCAUUUAAGUACCUAGAUAGUUAAAUUGUAACUUAUUAUUUUAUUAACUUAUUCUAUUGAACGAAGGCCGAGUGCAGUAUUGUAUGUGAUCUUAAAAUAAAUAAAAUUAUUUCUCAAAUUUAGUUAAAUUCCCUUCAUGAUAAUAAUAUGGACCUAGUUAAUUGGUGACAUGUUUUAUUGUAUUAUUUAUUAUAGUAAGUACAGUUAUUUGUCUUACGUAACAUUUUGUUAAGACUUACCUAUGCGUUGAAUAAAGUAAAUCAGUAGUU